GUAACACUAACUGUUUUCGCAGAACCUUGUGAGCAUCAUGAAACUUAUUUUGAUAGCAAAAUUGUCAUUUAAUUAGAUAAGUAACGUUGACGCAGUUUCUAUUACUGCAUAUUUUAUGUGUUCUAAGUUUUAGCAAUACAAGUGGAGCUCAUAAAGAAAUUGCUCGCCAUGGCUGGCCCGUCCGACGGCGACUCCGACGGAUGGGUCGAGAUGUGCGAGCGUCAGGCCAAAACCUCCGCUCAGGACUUCGCCAAGGCUUGCCUGCAGUACAUACAGACCAACAGCAACGAAGCCGCUGCCCGACCGCUCUCGCAAAAAGAGCUGCUAAAGAAAUUUGUUGAAUGUUUUUCCGAGCAAUUUGAUUUCGAAUUCGGUAAAUUGAAAGCACAGCACAAGCUACCGAACGGUAUGCAUACCGGUCACGACGAGAGUGAUUAUUCCGAGGACACGGACUCGCCUAAAACGCAACACAAACCAUUCUUUCGAAGGUUAUCUUUUAAAGGUCUGCGCCGCGGCAAGGGUUUAUUUCACAAACAGCAUUCAGACGAAGUCGAGUUGCAAUCAAAUUUAAACAAACAUAAAACGAAGUUAGCUAAAAUUGUUGUCGAGUGCCGUAAGGAAGGGCUCGUAAAUUAUUUGACUCCAGAGAGCUUAGAGCAACCAGGAGGUCCACAGAAAUGGGAGAAAUGUAGACUGGCGUUAGUUAAGACUGUUGGCGGUUACAUGUUAGAGUUCUAUUCACCACCUAAAUCACAGAAGCCUAGGAGUGGGGUCUUCUGUUUUCUUAUAUCCGAGGCUCGGGAAACAACGGCUCUUGAAAUGCCUGACCAUGAAAACACUUUUGUUCUGAAGGCCGACAACAACAUGGAGUAUGUGAUAGAAGCAGCGGAUGUGGACGACAUGAAGUCCUGGCUGGCUACAAUCAAGUACUGCAUGCGUUCAGCGCCGACAUCACAGCCCCCACCAGAGGCAUUGGCCGGCCUCCCCGAGCCUGCACCCCCCGAUCUGCCACCAAGAAGAGACCUACCCGCAAGCACCAGUAAUGUUGACCUAGCUAAUGAUACACCGGAUGCUGAAUUAGGUUCAAUAGCGGAGGAGGCUUGCGAGUCCCGCGUGUCGCUGGGCGAGUGGCCGUGGUUCCACGGUACACUGGCCAGGUCUGCGGCGGCGGCCUGCGUGCUGGCUGGCGGAGCACCCGCGCACGGCUGCUACCUCGUCAGGCAGAGCGAGACCAGGAGAGGGGAAUACGUACUCACUUUCAACUUUCAGGGUCGUGCUAAGCACCUCCGCAUGACGUUGAGCGAGGCUGGCCAGUGCCGCGUGCAGCACCUCUGGUUCCCGAACGUGCACGACAUGCUGGAGCACUUCAGGGCACACCCCAUACCGCUGGAGUCAGGCGGUGCGGCUGACGUCACGCUCACCGAGUACGUCGUCUGCCAGGACAACCACCUGGGUGUGUCUCACGGCAGCGAUGUCCGUAUACGUCGUGCUGAACUUGAGGCGUUGUUGGUGGCGAGUGGGGCUCAACAUGAUGUUCGAGCCGUUGACAACCAGUAUGUGUUGUGCAACUUGAGAUCCUCACAGGGGCAUGCUUGAGACAUGUUUUGUUGUCUGCAAGUUUUCAAGUGCAAAUAGUACUCCUGAAUUGAUAGACAACGAAAAUCAGUACAUUUUAUACAUUAUACAUGUUGAGACAGUAUUUUACUAUAAUAGUAACGCUAUUGUUGCUUCAAUAAGCAUAAUUCGGAAUGUUAUAUUUAUAUCUGAAGUGUUACGAAAUUUUUAGUAAUAAUUUAUAAUGUAAGCGCAAUUUUUACAAACGAAAACGGGAAUUGUUCCACCGAGUCACUCUCUCGUGCCAAUACAGGAGUACUAAACUAGUUCAUCAAUAGACAAUUACUUUGAUAUAGGACGUGCAAUCUUGUUUUGCGAUUAUUAUUACGUUUAUUAUAAAUGCAAUUUUUAUUCAGUACAUUUAACUGAAGAUAUAAUAUUUAGUAGGUAAUUUUAUUGUGUCUCAAAUUUAUAUAGUUUGCGACGGCUUAGCCUUUAAUAUUUAUUGAAUAGUUAUUAGACAAUAUCACAAUAGUGUGAUAAUGUGUACUUUUUAAUACACACACUUUAUGAAACGAUGAACUGCCUUUAAAAAUUUUGUGCGAAAUGUUUUAUAAAAUUUUGUAAGUUGUAGUCGGGAAUUGACAGUUGAUCGGAGUUUAAGUGUUGGGUAAUUAUAAAAUUCAUAUACCUAAAUAAUAGUGUUGAAAUGUGAGAUAUAGUAAUGUAUGUAAUAUAGACUAAGGAAAUUUAAAUAAAUCAAUUGUCCCUAAUAUAUAUACUUUUAUAAUAUUUUUUUAGUUCAAUUAUUUAGCAAAAUGUAUCUAGUCAUUUUGAAAUUAUAUUUUUAGUUGUAUGACGUUGAUUAUUGAUGUUUCAUAAAAAAAAAAAAAAUAUUUAUUCGUUAGUUUUCGGAUUGAAAAAAGUUUGAAGGAAAAAAAAAUAUAAUUCAAAAAGCCAAAAAAUAUUAUAAGUAUUAACUAUCCGACUGACUUUCACACGACAAUCCGAAAUGAAUAUUUUGUGUGAUUCUUCUUAGAUUGUUUAUGUUGAAAAAAAAAAAAGUGGCUAACUAGUGUAAAUUAGAAUUAAAUGUUGUUGGAAUUGAUUAAUGAGUAAAUUAGUACAAACCAAUUAAAUUGUUUGAUAGACCGGCACCGGAUUGCGUCUAUGGUGUUGCGAAAUGUGUAAUAAGAUUUAGAAAAGAAAAGAAACCGUAUUCAACUACGAGAUUGGUAUUUUAACCUAGCCACAGUAGCCGUACCAAAUCGUAUAGUCACAUUGGCUGCGUCUAGCGCUCGAUGACUGUACAUAAUAAAUUUCUAUUAAGUAUUCAUAAGUUUUCAUUAACAUAAAAAUAAAUUUCUUUGCUAAUUAUUAAUUGUAUUUGUAUGCUAUUUAUUCCUGCUAUCUUAAUGUUUAUUACACAUCAUUAUCACCGCUUCGGGUAAAACAUAUUGAAUUUGUAUCGAAAAUUAUUUGCUCUUGAUCUAUAGCCCAUUCUAUGUUAAUAAAUGUGUGCAUUUAAACGAUGUCAAGUGACGACGCUCAAUGUAUUGUAAUGACAUUCCGUGUAAACAUCUCAUGAACAUUGAAAUAUAGACAUAUAUUUUGCACAAU